AUUUCUUUCUGCACCUGAGAAACUGAACUGUAUACGUGACUCUUCAACUGAGAACUCAAGUGCUGAAUUGCCGAAAAAAAACUGAACUAAAAACAGCCUCUGAACUGUGGAAAUCAUCAGGAACGAGCAACAAGCGGUUCAAGUGUCCAAAAAAUGGCCUUCGCUGAUUUACGCCGGGAGAAACACCUGCUGUCCAUCGGCAUCGUCCGGCUGCAAGAACCAUUUGGAUGCCUGCCAAUGCCAGGAAAAGUCCUUCAACUGAUUGUGACAAACUUGAGGAACCGUCCACUGAGUAAAAGCGACAUCCCCUCCAUGUCCACCUUCGUCCUCAGCCUGUACCACAGCCUCCUCGUAGGUUCCAAGGACUACCCUUUCAUUCGUUUUAAGGGAUACUUCCGCUCGCUCCAGAUGGCCACACCCUUUCCUACCAGCCAGAGUGAGAACGACCCACCAUCUCCUCUGAUGGAGGCCCCAGCCGGUGUGAUGGUGCCUACUGCGGGCUCGAGCUCCUCUCCUCCAAACGUGCUGACCCCAGUUCUUCCCGAGAGGACGGAGCUCAGAGCCCUGAGGGCCGACCGCAGAAACUAUUUCUGCAUCUUGGAGUUGGACGGCGCGACUGUCACCAGAGUCAUCUCCCCUGUGUACAGCUCUGAGUGCACUGAGCUGACCAACCGCUGGAGGGUGACCGACUAUAGUGCAGAUGGCCACCUUCUCAUGUCGGUCCUCUGUCAGUUCACCAAAAAAGUUGCACAGUUUGCAAGGCCUCCGAGACCGGAGAAGAGAAAGAACACAGAGGAGAGCAGCAGCAGCCAGUCUCCACCAAAGAAACGCUUGAGACUGUGAUGGACAUUUGCUCUGCUGCACCUUUUGGUCUUUUAAACAUCUGGCAGAUUAAGAAGCUGGAUUCUUUUUUUUUUACCCCUGAGGGCUUCCACGGUAGCGUCAUGCACUGGGGCCGACUGAGGGGUUAUUAUUGUACAUUUGUAUAUAGUUUGUCUCACCAUGGUUGUGGUACACAGGUCAGUGUUUUUUGGUGCGUCUUGCACCGGUGUGUAUUGCACCUUUCUUUAUUUCUUGGUGCUGGCCUGUGUGUCUGAUCUGGUGGGAAUUACGAGGGAGCUAUGAACAUCACUUGAGAUAGGAGCUCUCUCGAAAGACAAUCCAUUUUUUUCCAUCCAGGAGGAAUUAAGAACUCUAAAUUGUGGUUUACUCCAUCAUCUGCUCAGAGUGUGUUGGGACAGACACAGCCCCCCCUGCAGCCUUGCACAGCACUAGCACUUCAAAUGGAUUUCUUUAAAUACCGUUGAAUGUAUUUUCUUGAGUACAUGCAACAUUAUUUAAUGAAUUGGACUCAUCAUUAGCAUCACAAGCUAAAGACUUCAGUUUGAGCUAGGAAUGAGAAGGUCUAGUGCAACAGCUGCAGGAUCAGUGUCAGAGCCAACCACACUACUGGUCCACCAAAGACAGGCAGGUGGAUGAGGAAGAACAGGCUGAUAGAAGAAGCAGGAACAGAUGGGACCAAUCAAGAUAGAGGCCAGUGAAUACAUUAUUAAGCCCACCUGCGCUUAGCUCUCUCAGACCUGCCAGUCUGCCUGCAGAGAAGAAAACACAGGAAGAGUUAACAAAUGGCUAAGUAGUCCUUAACAGAUCAUCUUAAUCUUUAAUAGUGUUUAUGGUGUAGUAGAACCCUAUAAAUACAACAGUAUCUGCAGUACCUGUAAUCACCCAUAUCUGCAGUUUGUCUUUCAGAGAAAGAAGAGAGAAGUCCGGACGAGACAAGGAAAAGAGACAGCGUACAUUGUGAACCCUCUCCUAAAAAAAUAUAAGUAUACAUUUUUAUCUGUUUUAUCAAGUACAAAUGGAUAGUUCCUCUGGCUUUUGAAGUUUUUUUUUUUUUUAACUAAUACCAUCCUAGACUGCCAUUUGUCUUUUAGAGAGAGGGAAGAAAACGACACGAGGAAGAAACAAGGAAAAGACCUGAUGAGACGAGAGGAGGCAGGACAGCGUGCAAUUAUGAACCCUCUACUUAAAGAUAAAUACACAAUUACCCUAUGUUUGUAUUCAAAUCUCUGUACUGAACAUGAGUUCUUCUGUUUACC